AUGCUUCAGGUGACCAAUGACUGUUCAUCCAGCUUUGAGCGGGAUAUAUCUGUUUUCAGAGAUUUAGAUAGCAACAAAAUUCGACACUUGCAUUCUGGAUCAGUGAAGAUGAAGACUGAAAUGCUAAAUUUGGACUUUAAUCUUAUCAGAACCAUUGAAGGAAGAGCGUUUGAAGGGUCAGAGAUUGCAAAAUUGAGCUUAAAAGGGAACACGCAGCUCCAUUCAAUUCAUGAGGAUGCUUUCUCAGGGCUAAAGAAUGUGAGGACUCUAGACCUGUCUGAAACGAGCAUCAACUACCUGCCAGUGAAAGGUUUAGAAGAACUUGAUGUGCUGAAGCUCACCGAGGUAUAUCCUCUGAAAGUGUUCCCUUCGGUAUACCACUUCAAGUACAUCAAAGAAGCCUAUCUGACGUAUCCCUACCACUGUUGUGCAUUCAAGUUCCCAGCGACUCAUGAUCCGGAGGAAUUUUCAAAGUACAUCGACUUCAAGAAAAACAUGGAGAAUCUGUACUGCAGGCAAAAUCCGAGCACAACGCCCACAACUUGGUUGGCUUUGGAUGCAGAAAAAAACGUCAGGCGAAAAAGACGGCUCCAUCAAAUAUUGGAGAAUUCCUUUGAGCCACCUAUUGAUAAAAUCAGGAAGUAUGCUCCAUUAGUGAAUUCCAGAGCUUAUUAUUCGACGAAGGGAGAGAACCACGUGGGGACAGUUCAGUUUCCAAGACGAGGGGCUCGAGGCAGCCUGAGCUUUGUGAAAGAGCGUCAUAAGAAACAUAAAGGUCAUGUCAAACUUUUAAGAGGCGCAAGAAUGGUAAAGAGGAAUGAUUUUCAUUUUCGUGAACGAGGAGUUCCUGUAAGCAGAGACAGCCAAUCUAUUGCGGAAGAUAGGCAAGACUGGGUUCGCAGAACGGCGGAGUGGGGAAGCAUUCCCAAGUCAGAAAUUAACAUUCACCAGGAUAUUUUACUCAAUAGCUCAGACGCAGAAGAAUUCUUUGGUAACCAAAUAACAACGAAGAAAAGAAAACCCAAAGUGCAAAAGAAUUUUCCAGAAAAUCCCUUCAUGGAAGGCGUGUUCCACGGAACAACUGUUGCAGUCAUAUCGGAAUUCGAGUUACAAGCUUUUUGUGGCCAGCUUGCUAAGAAUUAUCGCGAUGUCGAGUGCUACCCCACCCCAGAUGCAUUCAAUCCUUGUGAAGACGUUAUGGGCAACAUGAUGCUCAGGGCUUUCGUGUGGGUGGUUGUCGGGACCUCUAUUUUGGGCAAUGUGGCCGUUAUGGUGGUCCUCAUGAGUACUGGUGCUUGCAAAAGUGUGUCUAAGUUCCUGAUGUGCAACUUGGCUUUUGCUGACUUUUGCAUGGGAGUUUACUUGCUGUUGAUUGCUGCGAUGGAUUUGCACAGCAUGGGGACCUAUUUCAACUACGCAAUAGACUGGCAGCAUGGUAUAGGCUGCAAAAUUGCGGGAUUUUUGACAGUGUUAGCAACUGAGCUUUCCAUCUAUACACUAACCGUAAUCUCGAUUGAACGCUGGUACGCCAUAACCUACGCAAUCAACCUCAGCAAGCGCCUGAAGCUAAGGCGUGCUGCUAAAAUAAUGUCAGCAGGCUGGCUAUUUGCACUAACAAUGGCUUCUUUACCUCUCAUCAACGUGAACGGGUACUCUAGAACAAGCAUAUGUUUGCCCAUGAAAAGCGAAACUACAAGCGACAUAAUUUACCUGUUGAUUCUCUUGGGCACCAAUUCUCUGACAUUUAUCUUCAUUUUCUUCUGCUAUGGUAACAUGUACAUAUCAGUCAUACGACACCAAAGUCGUGCUACGGCCAAUGACAUGGCCGUUGCCAAGCGAAUGGCCAUGUUGGUCAUCACCGAUUUUCUUUGUUGGGCACCAGUUGCUUUUUUCGCCACGACAGCUGUUGCCGGAUAUCCGCUCAUUGACGUCACAAAGUCGAAGAUUCUGUUGGUGUUCUUUUAUCCUCUCAACUCGUGCGCCAACCCUUUCCUCUACGCCAUUUUCACCACCCAAUAUCGCCGUGAUUUUUUAAUCUUGCUCAAGCGCUGCGAGGGUUUCCUUGAACGGACGUCUAAAAACGAUAAAAAUUCCUCGUGCAAUGUCCCUCCUCUACAGUUCUCAAGCGACAUAAAAUAUUGGAAGAACUCCUGUUCGUCUCAUCUGUCCACCGAUAAUUCGAUGAAGGUGCUGAGGCCCAGCGACCUGAGCAGUCAACAGGAUGUCUUCUCUACUUCAGGUUGGGAGGACCCGGAAGCUGAAGACGUCAUCCAGCUUUGGUCCUGCAUGAAAGAUUCCUCGUCCAGUGAUGACAGUGGACAGUGCUGCAAAAACUACAGCAGUAGUUCUCACAGCACAACAACGCAUAGAGGCUCGCCGCACCCAGUGAAAAAUAGGUUUGUGCAUGUGGAUAGGACAAAUAUUCUUGAUGUUUGUGAUAUUCGUUCCACUUCGAUGUAA